AGUGCGCCGCGGUCCAUGUUGAGGCAGAGCAAGUGCCUGGAGAGGAGCGGAGGAGUGAGGCGGCUGUGGGACAUGUUUGUGUGUUUGUUUGUGUUUGUGAGUCAAACUGCUCUCGCGCUGGCAUGACCACUGCGCACACAGGUUUGGGUGUGACAAACAUCUUGCACGUGCGCGCGUGGGGUCAAGACUGAGUGGAGGCGCGGAUGACUUGACUUUAUGAUCGGCAAUCCCAACACUCCUCCUUGCUGAUGUGGUUUGGACGUUUUCUUUCUGAUUUCUCUACGCAGACCAGAUGUUUUGGACACAUUCGCACUGCGGAUGUCCAGUCUUUUUUUUUUUUUUUUUUUUGCGGAUGUAGUGCUGAUGAGGGUCUAAAGUUGAACUCUUCCUCCUGAAGGUGUGAGCUCCAAAUGCAUUCGCUCCUGGGCCGGGAGAAGAAAGAAGAAGAAGCCCGGUUUGGGAUUGAUCUGGGUCUGUCUCCGGGCUUUGCGCCCCACGCUUCCACCAUGUUCAGCUGUGUGGGCUGCUUCUGGGUGCUCCUCUCCUCCGCGCUGGUCGCCGUCUGCAGCUUCAGCUUCAUCUCCCCUGCCUGGAUUGUUAAAGACCAGUUAAGGACCAGUCACCAUCACCACCAUCACAGCAGCAGCAGCAGCAACAAGGACUCCGUCAGCUUCGGACUUCUGUGGCACUGCUCGGAGACUAUGGAUCACAUGUACCGCUGCUACACAUUCGGGGGUCUGGGCAAAUUCGCAGAGAUCCCCUCCAGCUCUUGGCAGACCAGUGCGGUGCUGUGUUCAGGAGGCUGUGCUCUGCUGGCAGUCAGCUCCCUGUUGGCAAUCAUCACCAUCUUCCUGCCCAGUGGAGGAUGCGAGAGGAGGAUCUGCACCCUGGCCGGAUACAUGCAGAUGGCAGCAGUGUUCAUCAUGGCCGCCGGACUGCUGGUCUACCCCUUCGGCCUCAACUCGUCACUUGUCAGGUCAUUCUGCGGGGACUCAGACAUCUACUACGCUGGAGAAUGCCAGAUCGGCUGGGGCUACAUGCUGGCUAUUGUUGGGGUCAUGCUCACUGUCUUCUUGCCCUUUUUUGCCAAAUAUGCACCGAAGGAGCAGCUGUCCCCCACCCCUCUGCCCACGCUAUUAUAGUGCAGGGACAUCAAUUAGUUUCCGUCCUGAUAACUCUCUCUGACCUGGGCUUGAUGUCAUGGAGAGAUGCCUGUAUUCUAUUUUUAAGGUGAUGCUCAUUUGGAAGCCUCGCUCAGUAACAAAAAAUACAGUCAAAAUGCAUCUGUUAUGGAAUUAAUUCAAAAUAAGUUGAUUUAAAUGGAAUGUUUUAUGUCAACAUACUGUGUGGUUAUGAUUUUUAAACCCCUAAUCUGUCAUGAGAUUUCUGAUGUUCUACUUGUUUUGUUUCUCCAUGUAAGCUCUGGAGAUAAUGUGUUCAAAAAAUUGUGAUCUGAUUUUAUUUUAUUUGAAAAAUGACCACACAUUUAAGCAAAACAAAGUUUCCUUCUUUACUUUGGUGGAUUACAAGUCAAUAUGUAAAACAUUCCAAAACAGACUGUAAGUUGGCUGCCGAAGACAGUGGGAGCAUGAGACAAUGCAGCAAUAUAUGACCUGUCAAUCAAAAGAGGUUUUGAGGAACAUUUGUACUCAAUGGAAGAACUGCUUUGAAUGGCUUAACAUUGAGUAGAGUUGACUUGAGUUGCAUCGUACUGAAGCCUUUGGAUUAUACAUAUGGUCUGGAUUUGUUACAUCUGACUUUUCAGAAUAAAACACAGGAAAGAGAAAAAUGUUUGGUGCUUUGAAGGAUAUUUUGUUUGUCAGACUUUUUUGCCAUGCAGUCUUGUGACCCGGCGGUGAACCAGUGGGAGUCAUGAAGAUGUUUAAGCUUUCAAAGAUGUUGCAUUUAGUAACUCUCACCAAGAAAUGACACCGUGUUUGACAAAACGUUUGAAAAAAAAACAAAAAAAAACGAAUGGAAAUCUCUUCCAGUAACAGUGAAGUGUCUCAUAAUAAUAAGUUGUGGUUUCACUGCAGUGUUGUCAAAAUGUUAUGUUGGGAUUCUUCAUCCUUUUGUCAACCUUUUCCCUAGAACUACAUGUGAAAUUGUGUAACUGGCUCGUUGAAACAAAAGCAAUUUAUUUCUGUCUCCAACACAAAUACUAAACAUGAAUAUAAUUCAGGAAAAAAAAAGGAUUGCAAAAGGCAGGGAGGCGUAUGAAUUGUGUCAAAAAAGUGCAUGUUAAGAUGGGCUUUGUUAAUGGUAGAACAAUUGAUCUAGAUUUUAAAUGUGAUCUGACCAACUUGUGCCUUUUAACAUAACCAAGACAAGUGUUCAAUACAAUAAUCAGGUUGUCAUCUCUUUCUGUUUGAAAACUGUGGAUCCUGUUGUGUGCUGUGUUCUUUUUCUACUACAUAUUUUCCUCUCAGAGGUGAAGUGUUACUUGAUGCAGUAUGAUCUCAUUAAAUUGAGCAAAUGUUCUGGGGGAUAAAAAAGAUGAUGUCUUCUAAUCCUUGGAGGUAAUAACAGAGAGAAGAAAAAAAAGAAAAAUCAGUGUACUUGUGUUCAAUUAUGACCGGAGACAUUUUUGCCAAUUACGCAGGAGAAGUAAGUUGAAUUGCUAUAAUAAAAGGUUGUGACAUGCAGCUAACAGAUUCAUUCUUGGAACCCUUGUCUUAAUAUGAUUUAUAAAUUGAGUGGAGGAGGAAGAAGCUGUGCUAAUUGAACUUUCCUCUUGGUUAUCUGUGCAGAGCCGACACAUUAUUAACAUUAUGUGUGAAAUGUGGCUGAAAAUAAUUAACUCGUUGACUAAGCUAAUGUGUUGCUGUGUUUUUUUCAUCAACCCACCUCUCCUUUUAAGCGCUGGCACCAUUCCUGUCAUGUUCCAAGGACAAAAUGUUUCCACUUACUGUCCCUGUACACUGCCAAUUUCAUUGAGCUCGACUCCCUUUUUUAGUGGGUGUUUAUGUGAGUAUUAGUGCUAAAUAAUGGGUUGGUAUUUGCUGAUGGUUAAACUUUAAUAUUUCCCAAAUUCUGUUCCCAUAUUGACAUUUCCUGACAUAAAAAAGAACUGUGAUUAUGUUGCCAUAUCUGAAAGGUCAGGAGAGAAUUGUUGGUAUUGUAUUGGACCUCAUACUGUGCUUGACUUUGGGAAUGACUGGUGUGACUGCACUGGACUUCUUCCUUUCUUUGUUGAACUUUUCUGUGUAAAGUCAAAGCACUGGUGAAAUUUUUUUUAAAUGUGGACUAGCGUUAUUGUUUAUUCCCCAUUGUGAUGUUUGACUGUAAAUAAACUAACUGUUCUUGAUCUCACGUUAUUCUUAACUGCCCCGUUUUUCAAAGAUAUAUUUUGAGAUAUGACCUCAUCGUGUUUGCUUUACAUGAAUUAACCUCCAAACAAUGUUUGCUGUUCUGUGAAUUUUCUUUGUAAUAAAACAUUCCAGUUGAACAAAAAA